GACGUCGAUUUUUCCAACAUGGCGGCCUCCGUGCGAUCAAAGAUUUCUCCUUUGAAAAACCUGACUUUCCAGUCUUUUAAUCACUACAAGAUAUUUGUCAGAACAGGAUUUUUCGACAGAUUUCGUGGUAAAGACUCAUUUGAAGAGGAGCUAAAGAGAGAACAAAAAGAGGAUAGAAUAACAUUUAAAGAAAGAUUCCAGGGACUGAAGAAAAGAUCUGGUAUCCAGACAGUGAGAGGUUAUAAACCAGUAGAAGAUGUAGAACAGAAGAUACAAACUAUAACUAAUGAUCUCUAUGGUAACAGUGAUAACUGGUUAUCUACUCAACUAGAAGAUAGAACUCAGAAAUUCAAGUUUCUUACAAAAUGCCAAACAGAAUUUGACCACAUGGUAACAAAUAUGGAUUUGAAUUCAAUGAACACUGUUGAAGAUGUAGUGAACUACUUUAAAACUGAAGUGAAGGACUCUUGUGCCUAUGAAGAUAUUUUAAAAUUGGAUUUACCUAAGAAUUUACACAUGAACAUGGAAUAUUCAAACAUGUUAUUGCACUCUGAUCUUGAAGAUCCAAAUGACGAAUACCAGUACUACAAAAAGGAUGAGAAAAAUAUUAAAUAUCGUCGAAAAUAUAAGGCUCAAAUUGACAAAGAGUUAGAAGUGUUACAACAUUGAUAUUCUGUUUUAAUAAAUUUAAUUGUGUAUACAUGAAAA